AUGAAGACUUUGUGUUCCUUUCUUCAGAUCAGCAGAAAUAUGCAUCAAGAAAACCAAACCACCAUCACUGAAUUCAUUCUCCUGGGACUCUCCAACCAGGCUGAACAUCAAAACCUCCUCUUUGUGCUUUUCCUGAGUAUGUAUGUGGUCACUGUGGUUGGGAACGGGCUCAUCAUUCUGGAUAUCAGCUUGGAUAUAUACCUUCACACCCCCAUGUAUCUCUUCCUUGCCUACCUAUCCUUUGCUGAUAUUUCCUCCAUUUCCAACUCAGUCCCCAAAAUGCUGGUGAAUAUUCAAACCAACAGCCAAUCCAUCUCUUAUGAGAGCUGCAUCACACAGAUGUAAUUUUCUAUUGUGUUUGUCGUCACUGACAAUUUGCUUUUGGGGACCAUGGCCUUCGACCACUUUGUGGCGAUCUGCCACCCUCUGAACUAUACAACUUUCAUGCGGCCCAGGUUCGGCACUUUGCUCACAGUCAUCUCGUGGUUCCUCAGUAAUAUCAUUGCUCUUACACACACCCUUCUGCUCAUUCAAUUGCUCUUCUGUGACCACAACACUCUCCCACACUUCUUCUGUGACUUGGCCCCUCUGCUCAAACUGUCCUGUUCAGAUACAAUGAUCAAUGAGCUUGUGUUGUUUAUUGUGGGUUUAUCAGUUAUCAUCUUCCCCUUUGUACUCAUCUUCUUCUCCUAUGUCUGCAUCAUCAGAGCUGUCCUGAAAGUAUCAUCCACACAGGGAAAGUGGAAAGCCUUCUCCACUUGUGGCUCUCACCUGACAAUUGCAUUACUGUUCUACGGAACCACUGUAGGCGUGUACUUUUUCCCCUCCUCCACUCACCCUGAGGACACUGAUAAGAUUGGUGCUGUCCUAUUCACUGUGGUGACACCCAUGAUGAACCCCUUCAUCUACAGCUUGAGGAAUAAGGAUAUGAAAGGUGCCCUGAGAAAGCUCAUCAAUAGAAAAAUUUCUUCCCUUUGA